AUGAACACGGAACGUGGCAUGAAUAAAAGGGUUCUCUUGUUGUGGUGGUAUAUAAUGGUUUUUGAGCUCUGUUUCAUUCUUGGUGCAUAUUCUGAGAAUUUUUCAUUCAGUCGAAACUUGAGUAUAUUCGACAACGUGGAAUCAUCGAGUGCUAAUCCUCCGGUCACUCUUAAUAAUCGAAAUUCUGCACAGGUGGUGAUUAGCAAUGGAAUAAUUUCCCUCACUUUGUCCAACCCUAGAGGGUAUGUCAAAGGAUUAUCAUAUGCAGGAAUAGACAAUGUACUUGAUUCAAAAAAUGAAGAAAAUGAUAGAGGGUACUUGGACAUUUCUUCUGGCAAAUUAACUCAAAGAGUUCAUGGGACAAAUUUCUCAGUCAUAACAAACAAGAAAAAUAUAGUUGAGGUUUCAUUUUUAAGGACAUGGAGAUCUUCCAUGGAUGCCUCAAAUGUACCUAUAAACAUGGACCAAAGGUAUAUAAUGCGAAGUGGUGAUUCGGGGUUUUAUUCUUAUGUGAUAUUUGAACGGCCAAAAGGAUUCCCUGCCAUUACAAUUGACCAAAUAAGGAUUGUAUAUAAGCUAAAUGAAGCCAGAUUCAACUAUAUGGCCAUAUCAGAUACUAGACAAAGAAAAAUGCCAUCUGUGAGAGAUAGAGAAACAGGACAAAAAUUAGCAUAUCCUGAAGCUGUUUGGUUAAAAAAUCCCUCUAAUCCAGAAUUUAAAGGAGAGGUGGAUGAUAAAUACCAAUACUCAAGUGAAAAUCAAUACAACCAAGUUAAUGGAUGGAUUACCGCAGAUUCUGAAAAGCCCGUGGGCUUUUGGAUCAUAACACCAAGCAACGAGUUCCGCAAUGGUGGGCCUGUUAAACAAGACCUCACAUCUCAUGUUGGCCCAACUUGCCUCUCUAUGUUUGUGAGCAACCACUAUGGUGGUAAUCAGGUAGAAAUAGAAUUCAAAGAAGGAGAGACUUAUAAAAAGGUUUUUGGACCUAUUUUUGUUUACUUGAAUUCUGCUUCAAGUAAUAAUCAAUUCAAAUCUCUAUGGUCAGAUGCUAAACAAAAGUUAUUGAAUGAAGUCAAGAAUUGGCCUUAUGAUUUUCCUCAAUCAAAAGAUUUUGUUCCACCCAACCAAAGAGGAACACUACAAGGAAAUUUAAAAGUCCAAGACAGGAGGAAUGGAUCUCAAAAUGCUAAAAAUGCUUACGUUGGGCUAGCUCUGCCUGGGCCUGCAGGAUCAUGGCAGAUAGAAGGCAAGGGAUAUCAAUUUUGGACUCGAUCAGACCGAAAUGGAAACUUUAUUAUAAAGAACAUUGUACCUGGUGUAUACAACUUGUUUGCAUGGGUUCCUGGUUUCAUUGGAGAUUAUAAAUAUAAUGGUGAUAUUACAAUUAAACCAGGAUCUACCAUCAAAUUGAAUUCACUUGUAUAUAAUCCUCCGAGAAAUGGCCCUACUCUAUGGGAAAUCGGCAUUCCCGAUCGAUCGGCCGCUGAAUUUUUCGUACCAAACCCUUACCCUAAUCUCAUCAACAAAUUGUAUAUUAAUGACCCAAUAAACAAAUUUAGAAAUUAUGGAUUAUGGACUCGUUACACCGAUUUAUAUCCAAAACGAGAUCUUGUUUAUAAAGUUGGCGUUAGUAAAUAUCAAAACGAUUGGUUUUUCGCUCAUGUUCCAAGAAUCAUGCGAAAUAAUACUUAUCAAGCAACCACAUGGAGCGUUAUAUUUGAACUUAGUAAUGUAUUUAAUGGAAACUACACAUUACAACUGGCAGUAGCAAGUGCCUCUUAUGCUGAAGUUCAGGUUUGGUUCAAUAAAAUGAGUGAUGAUCCUCCUUACUUCACAACAAAGCGAAUAGGAGAUGACAACGUUAUACCAAGACAUGGAAUCCAUGGAUUAUAUUGGUUAUUUAGUAUACAAUUACCAAGUGUUCAUUUGGUGAAAGGAGAUAACACAUUAUAUUUGAGACAAUCAAGAUAUGGAUCACUUUUUAAAGGAGUUUUAUAUGAUUAUAUCCGUUUAGAAAGUCCUCCAACUACCAAGUUGAAUGUGUGA